GAGGGCAGCAGACCAAUCAAGAAAAAUAAUCAUUGAAGACGGCAGCCGAAUGCUUUGUUCCGUACACGAGUAGAUGACGGACAUGGAGCAGUCCGCUGUGCAAGCCGAGGCAAAGUCACUCCCAGAAGCUGCAAGUACAGGUGCCAAUGUCCCCUGCUUGGGACUAGUAGAUGCUAUCAUUAUCAAGGAAGAAUCUGAAGGCGGGGUCUGGGAUAACAAUGGAACUCUUCAACAGCAAACUCCAAUACAACAGGUCCAGAUCCAGACCCAAGCCCAGGUCCAGCCGCAGGUCUUCUACCAAGCAGUGACCACCGGGUAUCAGCAGCAGCAGCCGGUCAAGCAAGCUACUGCCCAGGUAAUGGCCGAUGUCCAGUGGGUCAACACGGCCAGGAACAACAUAGGAGGGACCACGACUGUUACGAUUGAUCCUCUGGUAUAUGAGACUGCUUAUCUACAGGCACAGGCUAACAAUACAGUGAAGGCGGCAGAUGAGAAUUCUCUGGACGACGAUCACGAAGCCGUCAUCAUUCCUAAAUCUAAGAACAAUCUUCAGAACGUUAUCGUCAUGUCAACGAACAACUACGAGGACGGGAGGAGAAAGUUUGACAAGAAGUAUUUCUGCCUGUACUGUGAGAAGUCCGUCUCCAAGAUCCCGCGCCAUCUGGUCAAACUCCACUACACAGAGGCGGCAGUGAUUGACUUCGUGCAUGAGAAAGAUCCCAUCCUCAAAGAUGCCAAGCUGGCAAAGUUAAGAAAUCUUGGUAAUCAUAGACACAACAUGCACGUCCUACAGAAAGGCAAGGGAAGUCUGAUUGUGAAGAAACGACCGACGUUGGGCGCAGACCCUCGCGAGUACAUUCCAUGCUCUUACUGCUAUGCAUACUAUGUGAAACGGGAUCUCUGGAAGCAUGAGUGCCCUCUUAACGGACUUCGCGAAAAGACCAAACAAAAAGGAUCAGCUUCGUCUGAUGAGGGCGUGCUUUCCGUCGCACACCGAGAGUGCACGUUGGAAGAGUUACGCGGGGACGUGCUCGGAAUCAACAAAAUGGAUGACGUGUCACACUGUAUCAGUUACGAUCCGCUCAUAUUGGAGAUUGCACAGAAAGAGUGUCUGAAGUUGAAUCAUGAUCGCGAGGAGGCGGUCUCUAUAAAGCUAAGACUCCGUGAGUUGGGUAGACUGUUGUUAGAGCUAAGGUUUGUCAGUGGAGAUCCUCUCGCGACGUUACACACCUUCAUUGACCCUGCCAAGUUUCAGAAUGUUGUGAUUGCUGCGAGGCGCUUAGCAGGGUUCAACCAUCGGAGAUACAACAACUCCUCGCCGAGUCUUAACACCAAUGUCGGGUACUCGCUUAAGAAAUGCACGUACAUCUUACAGGCCAAGGCUUCGACCCUUGGGGACACACUUGCUUACAAGCGGGCUUCAGAAUUCCAUGACAUGCUUGAAUUCCAGUUCCACGAAGAAACCACCUUGCCGCACUUUGGAAGCAUCUUAGACGAAGGUCGAGGGAACCCGAAGUGGUUAUCGCUAGCGCAGGAUGUAGCUUGCCUGACAUCGUACCUCAAGAGGAUAGCUCAUGAACAAAUGCGAAUGCUUCACACCAAUGAAGAUAUCUAUGACGCAUGGCUCAAUCUCAGCGAGAUUGCCCUCACACAAGUCAUACUCUUUAACCGACGGCGGCUCGGGAGCAUCGCCAAAAUGAAGCUCAGUGACUAUGCGCGCAAGCACCAACCGCUUCACCCGGAUGUUCAUGUCGUCUACGACGCAAUGAGUCUGUUCGAGAAGGAACUUUGCAAGAAGCUCACGCGCAUCGAGGUCAUCGGAAAGAAAGGCAAAGUCGUGCCCGUACUCCUGACAGACGAGAUCAAGCUUUGGAUUGAUAUCCUUGUUGCAAAGCGCCAUGAUGUAGGCAUCCCAGACACCAACGAGUACCUCUUCCCGAUGAUUCAGCCCGAUUCUCGGGUGUCCAACACGGUGAGAGGUCUGGAGUGUCUGCAGCGGUUUGCCUUUGAGUGCGGGGCCAGCAGUCCGGAGAACCUUCAGUGCAAGCAGCUGAAGAACCACAUUGCCACACUGAGUCAGAUCUUGAAUCUGAAGGACAAUGAGUUGUGCAUUGUGGCUCGACUGACGGGACAUGACGUCAGGAUACACGGUCCUGAUGCUAUGCUGCAGGUGAUCAAACUUUGCAAGGUGCUGAUAUCAAUAGAGAAUGGAGACCGGACUAGACUCGUUGCCCAGUCACUGGACGACAUCCCCCUAUUCAGAGAUGAGGAGAUCACAGUUGAGUAUAACUUCAUGGAGGACGGGAUCCUUGAGACGCAGGUUGGAAUCUCACCAGUCCAGAGCAGCAGUAGCAGCAGUAGGAGACGAUCGUCAUCGUCACAGAAGAAAUCCCAUAAGAAGAAGCAUAAAUCAUCGUCCGCUUCAUCUAACUCCACCAAACAGAGUAAAAGUUCAAAGAAGAGUCGGGCCAAGUCCUCGUCAUCUGACAGCCCUCGUAAGAAGCCCCAGAAGCGCCCCUGGACACCCGAAGAGAAGGCUGCAGUCUUUGAGAUGUUCCAACAUGAGAUCCUGCAGAACAAACUCCCUGGCAAGGGUCCCAUUCAACAGCUUCUGGCGCGGCAGCCUGUCCUGGGACAUCGGACGUGGAGCAACGUCAAGGACUUCAUUAGGAACUACCUUGUCACCAAAUCCAGGCAAGGUCUUUUGUAAAAAGCACCGUUGCAUUUAGAGUAGGUUUCAUCUGCAGCUUUUGUCCAGACGCCUCGUUUUGUGCCAUCAGAAGCGGCAACAUCAAAGCAUUUAUCAGGAAUUACUUGGUCAACAAAUCCAGCAAGAUAAUUUGUAAUAUCGCUGUGUCAUUGAGAGUUGGUUCUAUUCCGCAUUUCUUAGCCUGACGACUAGUCUUGUGCCAUCGGAAAAAGCAACAUCAAAGACUUCAUUGGGAAUUACCUGGUUACAAAACCUGGCAAGAUCAUUUGUAGUAUCGUUUCAUUGAGAGGAGAUUGUACUACGCAACUCAUGGCCUGACAACUAGUCUUGUGCCAUCAGAAACAGUAGCAU